CGAACGCUCAGAAUAACAAUAGAGCUCUUUACAAUUAUUUAGAUAUAUUUAAUUUUCAUUGGAAAAUUGAUAUAUUGAUAAUAUUGAUAAGCAAUUCGUUGUUUGAGACGAUAUUGGCGUUAUUGGAUCCUAUUUUUCAUGAAUUUUUAAUAAAUAUUGUGAGGGAAAACGUAACGUCGACGAUUCACCAUUGCCCGAGUCUGUGGCGGUACUUGACACCUAACGGACGGAGGUAGCGGGUAAAAUGGCCAUUCAAUGCCUCAAGGCGGUAUUUACGAAUUUUCAACCUGUGAAGAAGAGCAAUUUAGCUGGUGCACUAAUGGCGGCGGCAAUUGCCAUCGUGGCAGUCUUAUGGAUUCUUCUGCAAGCUUUGGGAAUCCUAGGGCAUCCACAGGCUAUACAUGAUGAAAGGAUUUCUCUGUACUUUCAGCAGCACGGAUUUGACGAUGCAAAAACCCACGGCGCUCUUCUCCGCGACCCCCAGGAAGCUGAGACUUUGAACCUCCCGCCAAUAAAUGAAAGAGCUAUAAAUCACUCCGUCAAUUACGGAAUUAGACAGUGCGAUCAAUUGGCUAGAUUAGAAAAAAAUCUUAUCGAUUCUCAGAUCGGAUUGACUGAUGAUACACCCACCCACUCUCAGUAUUUGUAUGCAUCUCCAAAUGAAGAAGCUGUCAACCUGCAAUUACAGGCUGAAGUUGUAACAAAAGCUUCCAUGUAUCUUGUCCAGCAAUAUUGUCAAAGAUUUGGUGUCAGCGAUGAAGCAUGUGCUCACUUCGUGUCUAAAUCCAAGCUAAAUGGUACAACUGUUGGAGACGCUUGCGCUGCAAAACAACGAGUGUCUUGCAGAUCGAAUUAUCCUUAUCGUACUAUUGAUGGAUCUUGCAAUAACCCUGAUAAUCCACGCUGGGGGAGUGCCCUGACUGCCUAUUCAAGAAUCCUAUUUCCCUCAUAUGCAGAUGGAAUUCAACAACCAAGGGGUGCAUCGCAGAGGCCACACGUUUUGCCGGGAGCUAGAUUAGUCAGCACACGUCUUUCAAGGAGUAACGAUCAGUCAGAUGUCUUUAAAACACUUGCUGUCAUGCAGUGGAGUCAAUUCAUUGCUAAUGAUAUGGCUCAUACUGUUGUACGUAAAAUGGUGACGAUGAAGGAGCCAAUCUCCUGUUGCUCCUCAGACGGACGUUCUCCUGCUCCUCGUUAUCUCCAUCCACACUGUGCACAUAUCUCAGUACCUGAGGAAGAUCCUGUCUAUGGACAACAUGCAAUACGUUGCAUGAACUAUGUGCGAUCAAUGCCAGUAUUGAAGACCGAUUGCAGUUUCGGUCCCAUGGAGCAGAUGAAUCAAGUAACACAUUUCUUGGAUGGUUCCACUGUCUAUGGAUCCGAUAAUGACAGAGCAGAGGAAUUGAGAACAUUCCAGGGUGGAAAAUUACGAGUCGAGAAUCUGAAUGGGUUUUCUUAUUUACCAAGAGCUCAGAAUUCUGCUGAUGUUUGUGAAGAUCCUGAUAAUUGUUAUAGAGCGGGUGAUGAUCGGGUAAAUUUUGAACCCCACCUAGCCGUGAUGCAUACAAUUUGGCUUCGUGAACACAACAGAAUAGCGGAGGAGCUCUCGAAAAUAAAUCCAACAUGGUCAGACGAGAAGUUGUACCAGGAAAGCAGACGAAUCGUCAUCGCCGAGAUUCAGCAUAUUACUUACAAAGAGUGGUUACCUACCAUUCUAGGGAGCAAAUAUGCUCGCACUCUCGGAUUCGUCUCGAGUAAUGAUCAAGACAGAGUGAAUUAUAAUUCUUACGAAGAUCCAGCUGUCAGCAAUGAAGCCUCAACUGCUGUUCUGAGAUUCUUGAAUUCUUUGAAACGAGGACAGUUGAGUAUGACUGAUGAUGAGAGGCGCAAUAAUGGAUCUCUGAAGCUGUCCGAGUACUUUUACAAACCAAAAAUUAUUGAGAGCGAUGGAGUGUUUGAUGGUCUUCUUCGUGGACUGACUAGCCAGACUUCCGGAAAAAUGGAUAUUAAUUUCGCCCCUGUUAUGACUCAAGGUCUUUACAGAACGAGUAAUAAUGAAUUAGGCUUGGAUAUUAUCAGUUUAGAUAUUCAACGUGGCCGUGAUCACGGCAUUCCAGGUUAUAAUCAUUAUCGAAAGUACUGUGGACUUCUCUCAGCAAAAACGUUCGACGAUAUGCUAGAUCAUAUUCCACGAGAGACUGUGAGAAAAUUGGCGGAACUUUAUAAUCAUCCGAACGACGUCGACCUGAUCGUCGGUGGUAUGGCGGAGAUGCCUGUUGAAAACAGUAUUUUGGGCCCAACGUUUAAAUGUUUGUUAUCCGAACAACUCGCCAGAACUCGUUGGACUGAUCGUUAUUUCUACGAUUCCGCAGCGCAGCCUCGUCCAUUCGUAAAUGAACAACUCACUCAAAUACGUCGUGUGACGCUGGCCAGAAUUAUCUGCGACAAUAGCAAUCGUAUAUCCCGAAUGCAGCCAAAUGCAUUUUUACGCAUCAAUGAGGGAAACGAAUUGGCUUCAUGUACCGAUUUCGAAGCAAUUCCCAGUGUCGAUCUGUUGGCCUUUGCCGAGAAGGACAAGGCGUAUCGUUGAACAAUUUUGGAUUAUCAAUGAAUCUGGAGGAUGAAGAUGCAGCCCUGGUAUCAGAAUCGAGGCCUGGGUAGUGAUUUAAGGGGCGAUAUCUCUACGUCAAACGAUCAUUGGGUGUAUUAUUGAAGGACAGCCCAGUGACUGCCAUUUAUUAUUAAAUAUUGUUAGCAGCUUCUGUACGAGUUGAGGCGAAUUCGUGAGAGGUGGUACAAAUCCAAAUUCUUUCACUGUUCUUCUACAGACAAAAAUGUUGAGAUUGAUCCUUUACUGAUUCCAGCCAUUACGUCAUUCCAGUUUCCUCAAAUAUUUAUCCUAUAGACUGUAUAUGAUGACUUUUGGUACAAUACUUAGUAUUUAAGAAUUUCAUUAUCUUUAUAGUGAUAGCCGUACUGAAAUACAGAUUUUUUAAAGAAAAA